CACUUUCCUGGUUUAUCGAACCCUAUUCCGUUACGCCCACGUGAAUCUUAACCUAUAAACACAACAUAACCACCAUGAGAAUCCUAAGACAUUGAUUGAUACAGUCAAAAUGAAACACAAAGCCAAACUGAGAUUCAAGGAUUCAUUACCUUCAGAAAUCAUAUUCAACAUCUUGUCAAGAAUGCCCGUCAAAUCUUUGGCCCGUUUCCGGUGUGUUUCGAAGCUAUGGUGCGACUAUAUUGACGAUCCAUACCUUAAGAUCAUUCAUGAUCAGCAAUAUCCAGAAGAACCCACGAUAAUAUUUCCGGUGCCCCCAUGGCCAUCCAUACGUUUCUACGCCACGGAAUUAGUGAAACGUGAUGCACGGGUCUUGGAGGCCAAAACGAUCCCGUUUUUGGAGUUCAACAGUAAGCAAGGUUUGUUUUUGGGUAGACACUUUAUUCUGGGUUCUUGCAACGGUCUGGUCUAUUUAUCACAAAGUUAUGGGUCGCUUCGUCCUGAAGAUUUGAGUGUGGUUAAUCCUGUAAGGAAAGAAUAUUAUGAGUUGCCACCUGCGGAUCACCUGUUCGAUCAAAAAUAUUUCGAGCUCCAUGGGCUUGGCUUUGAUGAUUCCACCAACACUUUCAAGAUGGUGGUCCUUUCGCCUAGUGUACGCGCCAUGGUGCAUGUCUUCGGCACAAGAUCAUGGCGAGUGAUCCCUUUGAAUCCGAUAACUACAAGGCUAGACGGUUUCAAUAUUAGUUGUAAUCAAUUAGCUGUGUUCGUUUGCGGAUGUUUGCAUUGGUUGAUUGGUAAUGGGAAAAUAAUAAGGCUAGAUAUGAGGACGGAGGAAUUUGAGUUGAUUGAUCUUCCGAAGACACAAAGACAUGUAUCGUUACUUUAUGAAAUGGUACCUGAUAGAUUGGUUGAUCUGCAUGGUGAAGUUGGAUAUGUAUACUGUCGCUUCUUACACGGCUUGGAGGUGUGGGUACUGAAAGAAAGAGAAUGGGUGAUUCACUGUCGGUUCAAUCAUAGACCGCCUCUUCCUGCUUAUGCUAUGGUAACGGUUUUAGGCAGUUGGAACAAAGACGGGGACAUAUUAAUGAAAGCAGCCACCAGCGGUGUAGGGCCACCGUUGUUUGUCUACUCUCCGAAAAGCGGCCUUUUGAAAGAAGUCAAGCUCAUUAGAAAGCCGGUUGAUUUUGAUUUUGAUUUUGAUUUUGCAGAUGCCUUUAUGUAUCCAAGUAGCCUGCUUUCAAUCCAUAGCAUCAAAGCUUAUUCCAUCAAAAAAACUGACGUGUCCAAAUCAGUCUUUUUAAUAUAAGUGGCUAGCGAUAACUAGUUGUAGCUUAUACAUAUCUUUGCUUGAAUUGGUUUGUUCGCAUAAGUGAUACAUAUUUUACA